AUGGCCUCCACCACGAACUGCAAGGCUUACGCGCCCUGUGCCUCUAAGCCAGUUGGCCAAGGCAAUCGCCACAGCCUCAGGGGUUGCUGCUCAGCGAGACUGUCUGCUUUCAGGAGAGCAGACCCCACAGUGACGCAGUUUGUCACCGGUUCGCAAUCUCUGAGGCUUACUACCCCGUGUGGCGUGGGCAAAACGGCGCUGCAAUCCACGAACUUCAUAGAGGUGGCGCAGCUUGCAGAGGUGGAAACAGGGCUGAUCUUCAAGGUUGCGGGCAUUUUGUUCGGUAUCACACUUGUGGGUCUGGCGAUCGGUUUUGUGCUGCUGCGUGUGGAGUCUCUCGUCGAAGAGAAGAAGAUUAAGUUAUGA